AUGACGUCACUAUCAGAGAGAACUCCCGACACCUUCACCAACAACUACAGGGUCCUCAAGCUCAUCGGACAAGGAGGUUACGGUAAAGUUUGGCUCUCUGCCCGAUUAUCCGACAACAAACUCUUUGCGGCCAAGAUGGUACCUGACAGUCGUUGUAGGAGAAAAAGCUGGUGUAUGGACCGAGAAGUGUACCUUCCUGACGAGGUGAUUCUGUGGGAGGGACUAGACCAUCCGAACAUUAUUAAACUGGAGGAGGUUUUCUCAGAGCAGGGAUCCUGGAUAUUCGUGAUGGAGUAUCUGGCCGGGUUCACGGACCUCUUCACCCUUUCAGAGCUACACGGAACAUUAUCAGAGAGCGAAGCAACAGGGGUCCUCCGACAAAUAACAGAUGUUUGCUGGUAUCUGAUGGAGGAGGAAGUGGAUCACAGGGAUAUAAAAGACGAGAACAUUCUCUACAACUCCGUCACCCAACAAAUCAAACUCAUAGAUUUCGGAUCAGCCUCGUUUCUGGAGAUAGAUCAGAGGUACCACAGUCUGCAAGGAACUGAGGUGUACAACCCUCCGGAACUCUAUAAUGGAGGGUCCUAUGAUCCUAUCAGCGGGAUUGUGUGGAGUAUUGGGUGUCUGGCCUUCGUGUUGGUUAACGGAGACAUCCCAUUCAACAACAAAACGGAAGUUAUGGAGUUUAAACAACUAACGUGGUUUAAUGAUGGUAUGAGCCCUAUCUAUAAGGACUUUGUUGAGAGAUGCAUGCAGAGGGUUGAGAUUUUGAGGAUUGACUUUUUUAAGCUAAGGCUUCAUCCUUUGUUGAGGGGCAAAGGGUUCCGCAGUGGCUCGUAAAAUGUGUUAUCAGAUCCGAUUUUGAGAUAAAUUAUGAAGUUUGUUUUUCAGAGGAAGUUAAAGUUUUGUAGUAUAUUAUUAGAGCAAUUGUUUUCAUUGAUUGAUUGAUUUAAUGAUUUUGAAUACACUGUAAUAGUUUCUAUAUCAAAUAAAACACUUGUGAGUGAAAACAGUUCAUCAUUUAUAAAUAUAAUCACAGGUGACAAGAUUUUUUUAAAUCACCGAAGAAUGUCUUCAAUGGAAAAUGUACAAUCGGAUAUGCUUGGGGAUUGUUGAAAUGUUAUUAACUUCUAUUAGUUCAGCAAAUAUUUAGUCCAUUUUAAAACUCCCCUUUUCGCGUCCAAAACAGUCAGUAUCGAACACAGAAU